UGCCUCUGUUCUGAGUUUUGAUUUUUGUGAGUUUUAUUUUAUGAGGAGGUUUUGCCAGCAAUAAAAGCUGCGUUUUGAGUUCCAGUCCUGCGUUUUCUGUGCUUUUUCCUGUCUGCCUGCCACACAGCCUAUCAUGACAAGUGUAGGGUAAGAGUUAAGGUUGUGUUUGGUUUCAGUUGAAGUUGAACAUACCUGAAGACGCAACCUGAACCAGGAAAUCCCUUCAAACUGAACAAGCCUGUAAAACCAAAUGACUCUUGUUAAUUCUUCAGUUUAACUCUAACACGCUGAACAUGGUGGUGAAGCUAGUGAUCCUGUUCCUCCUUUGUCACACUGCAUCUGCAGUGAGUCAUUCUCUGAAGUAUCUUGUCACUGGAUCCUCUGGAGACCCAAACAUCUCAGAGCUUAUGUAUGUUGCAGUGGUUGAUGACACGGAGGUGCUUUAUUGCGAUGCCAGCAAGAAGAUAGUAGAACCAAGACAGGACUGGGUGAAAAAAAUGUUUGAUGACAACCCUGACAUGUUGUUGGGGUACACUCAUGAGUGUUUUGAGCAUCAGCCAAUUUUUUUCAAAAGCUUGAUUUCUAAUUGGAAGCAGCUUUUAAACCAAAAUGAAGGUGUUCACAUUUUACAGAGCAUAAUUGGCUGCAAUGUGAAUGAAAACUCUGGAGAGGUUUCAUGCUUUUUACAGUUUGGUUUUAACGGAGAAGGUAUUUUUGAAUUUGAUCCGAAGACAAAGACAAUCAUCACACUGAAACCAGAGCUUCAAAUUAGCGAACAGAUGCUGAAUGAUCACAGAAAUCUAAUUAAAUACGUUGAAAACCUCUUCAGUAUGUUUCAUCCGAAACUGAAGAUUUUUUUGGACUAUGGGAGCAGCUCUUUGAACAAAAAAGUUCCUCCCUCAGUGUCUCUUCUCCAGAAGACUUUCUCCUCUCCAGUCAGCUGCCACGCUACAGGUUUCUAUCCUGACAGAGCCGUGAUGUUGUGGAAAAAAGAUGGAGUGGAGAUUCAUGAUGGUGUGGAUCUUGGAGAAAUCAUCCCCAACAAUGAUGGGACCUUCCAGACAAUUGUUGAACUGAAUGUUUCAUCAGUCACACCUGAAGACUGGAACAGAUACGACUGUGUGUUUGAGCUCUCUGGUGUUAGGAACAUCAUCACAAAACUGGAUAGAACACGAAUCAGAUCCAACAGGAGUGAGAGAACCGAUAAUCCCUCUGACACAACAGCUCCAGUCAUUGCUAUAGUCGUUGCUCUUCUUAUUUUCAUCAUCAUUGCCGCCGUUGGAUUUGCUGUUUACAAAAAGAAGAAAGCUCCUGAGAACAGCACUGAAGUCUCUGUGAGACUCAAUCAAGAGACUUCCUCAUCUAUAUAGUAUUCUAUUUUUAAUUAACUCUUUUGUUCUUUAAUGUAAACCUGAUGGUUUGUAGAAUUUUUUUUCCUCUUAUUAUUUUAAAAAGAUUUUUUAAUCAUUUAAGUGACUUGCACUAGCUUUAUUUUUUAUGUCAUUCACGCAGCAAAGAGCGGUGUAAAAGUGAAGAAACAUUAUGACAAUUCCAAGGCUCCAUGAGCAGUGGCGGAGCCAGGAAAUUUUCAGUGGGCUGGCCAGGAUGGAUCUGUGAUCAUUCUGGGUUGGUAUACAUAUCUCACAGAAAAUACAGAGCUAUUUAACCCUUCUAAGUGGGAGUGUUCUCAUUAAAUCCCGGUAGAAUUGCAACCAAAUAAGCUAGAGCAAAAAAUUUUUUGCAUAUAAAAAGGAGGAGUUGUAGUUACAUAUCAUGCAUUCAACUUGUCCGAGGUUGCCGUUUCCUUCCAUUAUUGGCUUUGCAAAAAUAGUUUAAAAAGCGCAUGCAAGAAAAAAACCCAUUAUAAUCCAACAAAGAGCUUUUCUGAUCUAAUCAGCUGUUCACAGCACUUUGGAAUAAACAUCAUCAAGUUUUUAGCAGAAACUAUCACAAGUCCGCCGUUACGUCCAAAAACUGGAAGUGAUGUCAUUUUCGCGGCAAAUGUAGUUCUUUUCCCUACAAGCUCUUUCAAAAAGUUCACUGGUGGUAUUGAAAGUCAUGUCUGACUUUAUGCCUUUCUGUAUAGUUCCUGGGAGACUUUAAAACUUAAAUCGUACUAUUGGAAAUAGUUUAUUUUGAUGCACAUCCUGUAUUUUGCAAAGUUUAAUUGCAAUUUUGCAAUAUGCAAAUAUGCAAAUAUCUUUGUUUUUGCUGUAGUUUAUACAAAUUAAUUUAUCUCAAAUUAAAUUAUGAAGACACUGAAAAUAAAUUUCCUGUAUUUGGAAACUAUUUUGUGCAACUUUUUUGCAGUUACAGUUUUGGGGGAUAUACCUCUGAAAUUUCUGUAAUUAGAAAACUGUGUAAAAAGAAAAAACGAAAAACAAAAACAAAACCAACCAACAUACCACACAAACAAAAAAAACAAAACAGAAAUUAUU